AUGGCCAAGCGCACCAAGAAGGUCGGCAUCGUCGGAAAGUACGGCACCCGCUAUGGCGCCUCUUUGAGGAAAAUGGCCAAGAAGCUAGAGACGACCCAACACUCGAAGUACACGUGCGCCUUCUGCGGAAAGGAAGCAAUGAAGAGGUCGGCCGUCGGAAUCUGGGAAUGCUCGAAGUGCCACAAGAAGGUCGCUGGAGGAGCCUACGUCUACAGCACCGUCACUGCUGCCACCAUCAGAUCAACCAUCCGUCGCCUGCGGGAUCUCAAGGAG